AUGACCGAAGGCCAAUCAACACCUCAGCAGGGUGCGCCUGCCGCCCAAGCUCCCCUCAAGUCGCAGAAAAUCACGGAUAUCAUUGAUACCUUCCGCCCAUCCAAGGGAUUCCACCCUUGUAAAAAAGAUCCGUCCAAAUAUGUGACCUCUUUGGACUUUGACGACCAGGGCGAUGUUCUGAUCGGUGCCGGUACCGACGACAGUAUGCAUGUUUAUGACGUGAAAGAGGGCAAAUACAACAAAUCCGUUGCCAGCAAGAAAUACGGUGUUCAUCUUGCGAGAUUCACGCAUCACUCUCGCCAAGUUCUCCAUGCGAGUACCAAAAUUGAUAAUAAUUUGCGGUUACUGGACCUUCACAAUGAGGGAUACAUACGAUAUUUCACCGGCAACAACGAUCAAGUAACUUGCCUGGCUCAAUCCCCCGCCAGCGACGCCUUCAUGUCCUGCUCCAAGGAUGAUACUGUGACAUUGUGGGACCUGAAUUCGAGGAAUCCACAGGGCAAGCUCAACCUUGCGACACCAUACCUUGCUGCCUUUGAUCCUUCGGGUACGGUCAUUGCAAUCGCCUCUCAAUCCACAGCUACAGUGCUUCUUUACGACUUCCGCAACUUUGACAAGUCGCCCUUCUCCACUUUCGACCUUGCACCAUAUGAGGAGAGAUUCACACCGUCGACGUGGGGACGAGCAUGGACUCGAUUGGAGUUCUCCAAUGAUGGAAAAUAUUUGAUGCUUGGAACAGACUACCAUGGUCACUAUGUUCUAGAUGCCUUUGAUGGUACACUCAAGGCCUUCCUGGGCGGCAAGAGUGGAGCGUCUGGUCGUGCUGCACCCGUGUCCACGACUGGCAAGCCUCUCGGACAAGGCGACGCUUGUUUCACUCCCGAUGGUCGAUACGUAAUUGGAGGCAAUGGUGAUCAGAACGGUAUGCUCGUGUGGGACUUGGGACAGAUCGGCGGGGGGACCUCACACUGCAGCCCUCGACCAGAUUGUCUGCUCCAAGCUGCGCGGCAAUGGUGGAAUACAACCCACGUUACAAUAUGA